AUGAUUCUUUUUAAGAAUCUGGUCUUUCUUCCUUCUAUUUUGAUUGGGUAUAUUUCUAUUCGUGUUUCAUUACUGGUCUGGGUUAAUUGGGUUUUGGUUUGGUCCAGUUGUUUUCAAGUAGCCUUUAUUUUUUCAUUGUGGUAUUUUAUCUUAUCGAUUUAUACUUUUUUUUAUUCAAAGAAAAUUAAACAGAUAAUCUCUUAUGAGCCUAGCUACUUUGUUUUUUCUUACAGGGCCAUUGACUUAUGCCCUGAACGAGUCUUACUUUACUUUUUUUGUAUUUUCAAUAAUGUCGUGUUUCCCAUGUUGUAA